AGACGUUGAAUUUAUAGACUACAGCUGUUUUUGAAUAUGGACGAGUUGUUCAGAAGCAGCCGCGAACGCCCCAGUUUUGGCGCGAAAUCGCGCGAAAUGAGUUGAAAAGCCCACCAAAAAGGCCACGUUACGUUAAACACAGACAGCGGUAUUCAAAGAAAAUACACGCGCUUCGAAACAAAAUGGCGGAUGACGAACUAGUGUGCAGUGUACUUCUUGAUCAGAAAUACGAUUUUUUGGUAGUUGUUUCAAAGUCAAUAACCAUCAGAGAACUUCGUGCAGAAAUCGACAGUGUUGCACGUGAAGUGUAUCCCGAGUCUAGGGGAGGACAAGUAUCAAGAGUAGAAAAUGAGAGAGGAUCAAUAGUGCCAGACAGAUACAAAGUGGGGAACGUUCUUCAAAAUGAAUGUAGAAUCAUCUGUUAUUCAUCAGGUUGGAAAGAGAAAGAAAAUGUGAAAAAACUGAGAUCACAGCAAGUACAAACAUCAGAAACUGCAAGAAACAAACCAUCAAUUACAAACAACACAUCUAAACAUAGGUUACUAUCAGCAAAAAGGACAGUAAGUGACAAUGUUUGUGGUUCAAAUGAGGAUAUGUUGUCUGCAUCAAAGUACAAGAGUUUAUUUACUAUGCCAGAACAUUGUUGUCCGAAAAGGAAGGAAGCCAUAGAGAUGUCAGCAUGUAAAGUCGCAGAAUGGCUUAGUAUUCAUGAUGUGUCAUCAAAUGUUGAUGCCCAAGACAGUCAGAGUGAUGAAGGAACCAUGGAAGUAGAGAGUGAAUCUGAAGGUCAGUCUAAGCUAGUGGUAGGCAAAAGAGUGCCUUCAAUCAAUAGGAAAGGUGAAAGUGAUGAUGAUGAAGAUGGUAAUGAUGAUGGUAGUCAUCGUGAAGACAAGGACAGUGAUAACGGAGAUGUUAGCAUGGUGGAAAGUCUGAACGACCGUAAACAAGCAACUGCCGAGACAACAACUUUUUCCACACCAAAGGGUGUUACUGCUAAGAGGGAUGCAUGUGUUUCCGUGUCAACAAGUAAAUCUAGGAGGAGAGCAGUUCACUGCGCUAGUAAAAAGAAUGAAGUUCUUAGUACGACAUCACGUGGCAUGCAAAGCAACCUUCCCCCCUCAGAGAGCGACAGAGAAAAUCAUUCAGCAAACAUCAGUGAUUUGCCAUCUUCAGCUUGGAAUCUUCCCAAGUGUCAGAUUAAAAUUAAAAAGUUACCUAUUUGUAGUAAGCAUGGAAGAAAUUGGAAAGUUGUACAGUACAAGACUCGUCAUAACAUCAAUACGAGGCAUCAACAUGGAGAUGUCGUGUGUAACAGAGGUAGUGAGGAUAAUGGUGAGCACAGUCGAGUAAAAGAAAGUGAUUCUGCAGUGCUUCAAAAAGAGGUCCACCCUUCCACCAUCAAAAAUCAGCGAAUACAGAAAACGAAAAACACUAGAACAAAAGACUACUACACAUACAUUCACGGGGACAUUGAUAGUGGGGCAGAAUUAAUGAAUGAUAAACGUCGGAAACUAGUGAAUUCGUUAUCAGGAACAGUAAAGAAUCACUUGGAUUCUAAACACGGAAUUAACAAUAGAUUUCCGAGACGAGCAGAGAUACGAAGAAGGAGCUACGUAGAGACGUUAGCGCAAGAAAGCUCCAGCGAUGAGCAUGAUGAUCAUGGCGAACUGUUAACGCGAAACAGGGAAAACAGUCAUGGUGUAAAGAGAGGUCUUAGGCAAUCAAGUCAGCCUCUACUUGAGGACGCGACCACGAAGAAUGCUAAUGAUAAUGAUGGCGACAAUGAUGAGGAUGACGAGGAGAGUGAUGAAGUAACACCACAUAAACACAAAACUCGUUUAACUGUUGCUGAAGUUUAUGGCGAUGAAGGUCGCGAUGAAGAAGAUCAUGUAAUUCCUUCUCCAGCGAGUGAAACUGCCAUGUCAGAGCUUGACAUCCAAAAGGGAGUUGGGUGCAAAGAAAAGGGAGAAAUAUCCUGGAAAGGAAAAGAAAUUCCAACGAGGGGUACAAACUCAACUGAGGAGUCUCGAACGCAAAACAUCGACAAGCAGAUUGAGAAACAAGUUAGUAGCGAAAAAGACAUGGGAAGUCCCCCCAGACAGCGCAGAAGUCCCAAGAAAGAUCUACUGUCAAAGAAGAACUUGUCACCAUCGAAAUCGAAAGGUGCCGUAGAGCCAUCGAAACAGAAGACUGAUGAUACCAUUGAGCAUGAAACAGGUGACAACUCAGGAGAAAGACAACUUUGUAGAGCAAUGGAUGAGACUUCUAGAUUAAGUACAGUGAGGAUGAAAGACAAGUCACCUUCUAAAAGACCAGUUAAUAUUGAACUGUCAAAAGGCAAGUAUUGUGCUGUUUGUAUGGAUGAAGCUUCUGGUACUGUCGUCGAGGAGAGCCGAGAGUCAGUGAUUGAUAACAAUGCUGAGUCAGUAGGAAACACAAACGAUCGUGCCUCUGAGGAUGAAACAUGUCAAGAGAGGGAAGCAAACGACAUUUCACAAACAGACGAAGAGACAGAAGGAGAGAACAACGAAUCAACACCAGUGUAUUUGACGCUGAUUAAAAAUGGAGAACAGAUCGCAUGGCUGAAAGAGAUUGGCGGAGAGGCGGACAGUGAACAAACGGGAGACGAGUACGAGGAUUUUAUGAAACGUCUUGAAAUGUCGGACUGUAACAUGACAUCGGACGAGAGUAAACGAUCAAAGGCAGAAAACAGGCCACCUCUAUCAAGUGACGCAGAAAAAGAGGGUGAAAGUCAUGAAGAGAUAGAACAGGAAGAUGAAGAGUCACGAAAGAACGGUGGAGGAAAACCUACCAAGAAGAAAAAGAGAUCUGAACGAAAAAAGAGGACACUUGAAAGGAAGGAAGAUGUAUUUGAGAAGAAUGUUAAUCGAGAAUGUGUCAGUGAUAGAAUAACAAUGCGAAAUAAAGCAAUGGAAGAAAAGGUGGAACUGGAAUUUACUUCAGAGGACUGCAAUGAAAAGAGGUCUGACCGGAAAAAGAAAAAAGUGGAAGAGAAUGAAAAAGAAUUGGUGGAAAAUGUUAAUCAAGAAAGUGUGGGUGAGAAGCAAAUAUUAGAAGGAAUUGUGGAACAUGAAGUUACUUCACAGAGCAUCAUUAAAAAGAAAUCUGAACAAAAACAGCGAAAACUGCAAGAGAAUGAAGGUACACUGGAGGAAAAUGUUUAUGAGGAGAGUGUGAGCGAUGGAAGAAUAUUCUCAGAGAAAACAUUGGAAGGAAAUGCGGAACUUACAUUCAAUUCACAGAGCCCCAUUAAAAAGAAAUCUGAACAAACACAACGAAAACUGGAAGAGAACGAAGAUACACUGGUGGAAAAUGAUGAUCAAGAAAGUGUGAGUGAUAGAAGAAUAAUCUCAGAGAAAACAAUGGAGGAAAAUGUGGAACUUGAAUUUACCUCACAGAGCCCCAUUAACAAGAGAUCUGAACAAGAACAGCGAAAACAGGAACAGAAUAGAGAAACACUUGUGGAAAAUGUUAAUGAAGAAAGUGUGGAUGACAGAAGAGUAAUCUCGGAGGAAACAUUAGAAGGAAAUGUGGAACUUAAAUUCAUUACACAGAGCCCCAUUAAAAAGAAGAGAUCUGAUCAAAACCGUCGAAAACUGGAAGAUGAAGGUACACUGGAGGAAAGUGUUAAUGAAGAGAGUGUGAGUGAUACUAGAGUGACCUCAAAGAAAACAAUGGAAGGAAAAGUGGAACCUGAAUUUACUUCAAAGAGCCCCAUGAAAAAGAGACAGCGAAAACUGGUACAGAAUAGAGAAACACUAGUGGAAAGUGUUAAUGAAGAGGGUGUGGGUGAUAGGAGAAUAAUCUCUGAGAACACAACGGAAGGAAAUGUGGAAAAUGAAUUUACUUCACAGAGCCCCGUUAAAAAGAGAUCUGAGGAAAAACAACGAAAACUACGAGAAAGUGAAGAUACACUAGAAGAAAAUGUUAAUGAAGAGAGAGUGGAUGAUAGAAGAAUAAUCUCUGAGAACACAACGGAGGGAAAUGGAAGACUUGAAUUUACCUCACAGAGCCCCGUUAAAAAGAGAUCUGAACAAAAACAGCGAAAACUACAAGAGAAUGGAGAUACACUGGAAGAAAAUGUUAAUGAAGAGAGUGUGGAUGAUAGAAGAAUAAUCUCAGAGCAAAUAUUAGAAGGAAAUGGGAAAUUUGAAUUGACUUCACAGAGCCCCGUUAAAAAGAAGAGAUCUGAUCGAAAAUGUCGAAUACUGGAAGAUGAAGAUACACUGGAAGAAAAUUUUAACGAAGAGAGUGUGGAUGGUAGAAGAAUAAUCUCAGAGAAAACAUUGGAAGGAAAUGGGAGAUUUGAAUUUACUUCGCAGAGCCCCAUUAAAAAGAGAUCUAAACAAAAACAGCGAAAACUGCAAGAGAAUGAAGAUACACUGGAGGAAAAUGAAGAGAGUGUGAGUGGUACAACAAUAGCCUUAAAGAAACGGUUACAAAACAAUGUGGAACUUGAAUGUGCUUCGCAGGACCACGAUAAUAAUAACAAUAAUAUAAAGAUAGCAUUGAAAAGAGAAGCUGCUGAAAGAAAAUGGGGUGUUCGGAGGGAGUCCGAUAGUCAAGAAUCAGUUGGCAUGGAAACACCCAAGAAAAAAGCUCGUGAGGAUGGUUAUUGUGAAGAUAAGCGAAAUGAUAAUGACAAGAAAACACACGACAGAAGAACACUAGAGGGAGCGAACAACAUCAGUGAUGGACUUCAAGAAGGAAAUCAGAUAGAAAUGUUGAAAAAGAAUAAAAAGAAAAAGAAGGGAAAAAGAAAGAAAAAAAGAGAGUCAAGUGGCAUGGAAAGUACACCAGAAUCAACACCAACAUCUCUCCUUGAGAAGGUUGAAUCCUCACGAAGCAAAGAUCAACAGGAUGAAUGUGUGGAACGUGAAUUUGCCGCCAAUGUGAAAAAUAAACAUCAAAUAUCAAACAGGAAGGCUAGGAAGGAAUCAAACUGUGAUUUGUUACAAAAACAAGAAAGUCUGGCUUUCAUUGGCGAGAAAAAUUUCAAGAAGAAAGAUCGGUAUUGCGAAGAAAAGCGUAGCGAAGAUGACGAGAAAUCAAAUGACAGAGGAACAAGCAAUCAGGUGGAGAAAGUGGACAGUAUGAGCGAACAACUUCAAAAAGAAAUUUGUGCACAGCAGAAUAAAAAGAAAAAGAGACAAAAAAAGAGAAAGGGUGAGUUAAACAGUAUGGGAAGUGCAACAGAAAUACCUUCACCUCCGACCCUUGAAAUCGUUACCAGUAGUUCAUUAGAUGAUAGUGGCUAUAGUGAAAAUGGACAUAACAAGUCAAAACAGCAUGAACAAUGUAGGCCUGAGCAAGGUGAAUCAGUGCACCAGUCUCGUAUAUCGAAGAAAAGGAAAGCGGCGGCAAACCACGAGAAGGAAACACUGUCUGGACAAGGACUUCAGACCUCCGAGCCAGACGCGGACUUAUCCCAACAGAAAACAAAUUCCAAGAAGAAAUCGAAGACGUCUUUGUCUCUGUUAGACCUGGCACUAGAUGAUUCAGCAGAGCAGGGGAGUUCAAACAAAGCCAGCAAUCGUAAAACAGUUCGCAGCGAAGGAAGACCUGCUCACCAAAUGGCAAGACAUUUUCGGCAAACGCCAAAAGGAUUCCUGCAUUCUGCCAAAAAUCGGAAAAUAGCUGCGUCGACAUCAACCAUAGUUAUCAGGCGCAAACCACGGAUCAAUCCGAAAGCGAAUGUAGAAAUGACUGCUAAAGAAAAGGACCUGGUAACUAGCGGUGUCAGUUUUGAACAACUUUUAGAUGACGAGUCCUUGUGGAGCACGUGACUGUGCAUCACAUGAUACCUGACUUUAAGAAAUGUAGGAGGACUUGUAUUUUCUCGGAGCAAUGUAGGUCUGAUGUUGCCCGUGUGGCAACACACACGACUCUUGUUUUGUAACAAAUCAUUCAGCAAGUUCAACACAAACAAUUUUGCAGAUAUUGAUGUGGGAUUCCACUUGUUACAGUAUGGACACUUGAGCCGUAACACUUGACAUUUUUUUUGGUACAUUUUCUUUGGUUGACUAUAGCUCAUUUUCACUGUCGCGCAAUUAAAAAAUAAGUCAAAACCUAUCCCGUGGAAAAAGCUAAGAAAUUGUGAUGUUGUAGAAGAUAACUAAA